AAAAAGUCACCACACAUUUUACGCAAGUGAUCAACCUCUCAAAUAAAAGGGUCCACUUGUAUCGUCACUCUUCACCCUCCGCACACAAAAGAACAAGAAACAAGAAAAUGGAAAGCAUCGGAGUGUUAAUGGCGUGUCCCAUGUCAUCCUACCUAGAACAAGAACUAGACAAGCGAUUCAACCUCUACCGCUUCUGGAACUUUCCACAGAAAAACGAAUUCCUCACUCAACACGCCAAUUCCAUCCGUGCUGUCGUAGGCAACGCUUUUGCCGGCGCUGAUGCUGAACUUAUUGACUCCCUUCCUAAGCUUGAGAUUGUUUCGAGUUUCAGUGUUGGUUUGGAUAAGAUUGAUUUGAACAAGUGCAAAGAGAAGGGGAUUAGGGUUACGAAUACACCUGAUGUUUUGACUGAGGAUGUGGCUGAUUUGGCUAUAGGGUUGAUGUUGGCUGUUUUAAGGAGGAUUUGUGAAUGUGAUCGCUAUGUUAGGAAAGGCUUGUGGAAGACUGGUGAUUUCAAGUUGACUUCUAAGUUUAGUGGCAAAUCAGUGGGUAUUAUAGGACUGGGGAGGAUUGGCUUGGCAAUUGCUAAGAGAGCGGAAGCUUUUGGCUGUCCAAUCAGCUACCACUCAAGAUCGGAAAAGCCAAAUACAAAUUACAAGUAUUACUCAAGUUUAGUUGAGUUGGCUUCUAAUUGCCAGAUUCUUGUUGUGGCGUGUGCACUGACUCCUGAGACUCGUCAUAUUGUCAACCGUGAAGUCAUGGAAGCUUUGGGACCAAAGGGGGUUCUGAUUAACAUUGGUCGGGGUCCUCACGUAGAUGAAAAGGAGCUUGUAUCUGCUCUUCUUGAAGGCCGUUUAGGGGGUGCUGGCCUUGAUGUGUUUGAGAAUGAGCCUGAAGUACCUGAGCAGCUCUUUGGCCUUGAGAAUGUGGUCCUAUUGCCUCAUGUAGGCAGUGGCACGGAGGAAACACGCAAGGACAUGGCCGACCUUGUACUUGGGAACUUAGAAGCUCACUUUCUGAACAAACCACUGAUAACUCCAGUGGUUUAAGUAUAUGAAUGGCUGCUAUUAAUUAUUGGAGGUUACAUUUUGCUUCAGCAACUAGGUUCACACUUCCUAUUGGAGCUCAUUGUCUCCUGAACUUUCGAGCAAAUAUUUCGUGAUUGUUUGGGUUCUUCAACUUGCUGUCACUGUUUGCAUAGGACUAUUUCAAUCUUAUUGUCUACUUAUCAUAAAUAAUAACUUCAACGAUACCACAUUGACAGUUUAAUGGGAGAGCUCAGUAGAGAAUCCGUGACCGAACUGUCAUGUGAUAGUUUUACAAUGAUGAGGGGAAGAUAUUAUUACUAA